AUGGGCAAGAGAAAAGCAAGUAGUAGUAUUGGCAAUAAUGCAAAGACGGUCAAACUUUCUCAAGUAGUACCAUCAUCAUUGCCUGUUCAAAAUAGUUCCAAUGACAAGGAGAUUGUCUACCCUGCUAGUUUUAAUUCUACUUCAGAAUUAAUGAAAAAGGUCAAGGUACUCUUUACUUCCAAUCGUGACGAAUGUGAGAAGGAAUUAUCAAUUCUCAAAGAAAUUAAGGGAAUGUUGGAUAAUGUCAAGGUGUCCUACUUUAAAAAUAUUACUAAAGGACAUCCAAUGAAAUUAGCUGAAGAAAAUCUUAAUUCAUGCAUUGACAAGAUUAAUCAAGUAAUUGGUGUUGAUGUUACUUUUGUUGGUAGUUCUGGUUUAGGUAAGAGUAGUCUUAUCAAUAUGAUUAUUGGAGAACCAAUUCUUCCUUGUGGUGAUGACAUUGGUCACAUUACAAGAUCAAUCUUGGAAUUAUCUUAUGCUAAGAACUAUGAAGUAAUAGUACAAUAUUGUAAUGAGGAGGAAUUCAAUAAGAGAAGAGCCCUAGCUCCAAAAGAGUUUGCUUCCAUUACCUAUGAAGAAAAGAAAGAUUCUCAUGAGACAGUAAAUAGUGUCGGGGAUAUUAGAGAAUUUCUUGAUAAACAAUUUAGGGAGAUGAAAGACCUGGAUUUGAUCAAAGUUGACAAAAUUCUAGGUAAAUUACCUGUACAAUUGUUACAAGACUUUAAUUUAACUAUUCGUGAUACUCCAGGAUAUAAAUCUGGUACAUUUAGUAGAAUUUAUCAACAUUUCAUUGAAAAAUCAAUUACAAAGACUAAUAUGAUUUUAUUUUUCAGUGAAGGAUGUAGGGGAGAUGUUUCUACAAGUAUAUUUAGUGAUUUUAUUAAUCCUAUUUUAAUGAAAGCUCACAAGAAUCCACCAUCAGUUAAAAUGCUUAUUGGAGGAAGAAAUAUCAGUGAUGAAAAGGUUAUGCAAUUUAAAAAACUCAAAGAAAAAGUUUCACCAAACAAGAUUGAUUUUGCUAAAUUAUUAUCCAUGUAUACUGAUAUGGAUCUUGAAGAUGUAAUUCAAAAGUUGGAACCAUUUACUGUAGAUUUACCAGUAAAUGCUCAAUUACCUACACUCCCUGUUGGUGAAGAGUUUAAUAUUAAGAACUUGAGAGAAGUUUGCAUUUCAAUUAUUAAUAGAUUUAAUACUCUUAUUGUUCCUCAUUUGGAAUCAAAUGAAUUUGAAUCUCAAAAACAAGAUUUUCUUGAAAAUUUCAUGCAUGGGCUUGUUGAAGAACAAGGUAGAAUCUUACAUUCAGAGAGAAAGAAUAUUAUUGAAAUUACUUGUGCACUUGUACCAUUAUUAAUGUCAAUUUGUGUUAAUAACUUUUCAGAAAAGCAAACUCAAUAUUAUUUAAGAAAGAUUGAAAAUGAUUUAUGUGCCUAUAUGUAUGAUAUUACUCAAAAAUUCUCUGAUAUUGCUAUUGAAGAAUAUAAUAAUGAUUGUGCUAUUGAAUCUUAUGAUUUAUAUAUGGAUAAAUUAAGAAAGUCAAUUUCCAAAAGACUUAAAGAUACUAUAUCAUUUCAAGGAUUUAAGAAAAUUGCUUUAAAUGCCAUUUCUGAAGUAUCAGAAAAUUAUCCAUCAAUCACUCUAUCCCAUAAUAGAAAAACCCUUUUACUUUCUAAUAUUGAACAAGUUUUAACUAGUUGCAAACGAAAUAUUACAACAGUUUGCAAGCAAUUGUAUGAAAAUUUGACUAGUAAUCCAAUUUUUAGAAAAGAGUUCCAAAAGAACACACAUUUGAAACAACACACAAAUAUUAAGAAUGAAAUCAAGACUAAUAUGAUAGUACUGACUAAUUUUUUCAAUUCUUUAUUUGAUAAAAAUAAUAAUGCUAAAGUUAAUUUAAUAGUUGAAACAAAAUUCAAACUUACCGAAUUAUUUGAACAUUACAAACAUGAAAGUCAAGAUGAUGAAUAUAUCUAUUCUAUUAAUUCAAACUUACCAAUUCCAUCAAAAGAAUCUAUUAAUCAUACAUUCAAACUCACUCUUCCAACUGAACCACUUAAAUAUUGGACAAAUCAUGAUGAAAAAGAACCAUGGAAUCAUCUCUCAAACUGUUUAGCUACUAAUGACUCAUUAUUGAAAGAGAAAAUAUUGAGAAAUCCAAGUAAGAUGAACAGAGAAUUAAUAGUUGAUUUCAAUGGUACUAGAAUUGACUUUUCAAAUCAAAACAAGAUUCAAUUAUAUAAUCUACCAGUGAUUCAUAAUUUGAGUAAAUUCCAAACAUUAUUUACUGGUAAUGACGAAUUUAUUGCACCAAUAAUGAUAUUUGCCAAAGAUGAAAUCAAACAAAACUUGAUUUGCAACACCCUUUCAAAGAAUAUCAAUUCAGAUAAUUUUUUGGUAUUUAUAUUUUGCCAAGAAUCAAAUUGGAGUUCUAUUUCUAAACUCGUUAAAGAUAAUUCAUCCUGUUAUGUUAUUAAGGUUAAGAGUAAGAAAUUUAAUAAGGGAAUAUUUGAAACAUCAGCUUUAGAAAUUUCAAAGCAUUACAAUUUCCCUAUUUAUCAUACAAUGACACAAUAUACAGGAAGAGUUCAAGAAUAUGUCAGUGAUCUCAAAUCGUUCAAAACAGCUUCAUUUACAUUCAUAAGAUAUUUACGUUUUUCUCAAAUAACCAUGAAGAAAGAACUAUUAGAAAUUGAUGUAACAAACUUGAAGAAAAAUAUUGGACAAUUCUUGGCUAGAGUGAGAAUAUUUAUAACUAAACUCACAAGUAAUGAUUAUCAGUGUUUUUUCGAUGAUACUUUUGAAACUUCUAACUUGAUGAACAAUAAUUCAGAUUCAGAAUCUUUCAUGUUGAAAUUGAGAGAAUUAGAUGAAGCAACUGGUACUUCCUUUGCUGAAGACUUUCUCAAAAUUAGAUUAGCCACAAAUAAGGCACGUUUAGUGCUUUGGAAUGGAUCCUCCAAUAUGGUUAAAGAGUUUAAAGUAUUCAAUGUCAAGAAAAAUAAUUAUUUCAUUAGUUAUAGACAUGAUUUAAAUUCUAUCAAUACUUGUUAUACUCCAUCAAUGGUUAAUGCUUUGGAUGAUCAAAAACUUUUUGAUUGUGCUUGUUUAGAAGAAUAUUGUGAACAAAGUUUGAAGAGUGGAUUAUUAUUUUCAGGAGCUGGUCAAUUCAUUUGUUAUGGAUUUAAAUUUGAAAAGUUUAAUGAUGACGAUUAUGAAAGUGAAAAUGAAUAA